GAGCAGUUUGUUAGUAUUUAUUUAAGAUAUCUGCACAGGUAAAGCUUAGAUUUUUUGGACAUUGUAAAGAAGUGACUAGGGACAGUGAGGAGGACAGGAUAUGGGGAAGCACAGCCUUAUUUAAAGAUGACUGUGUGAUAGGCUUGGGACAAGUGUCUGUAUUAUUGACACGCCAUUAAAUGUGUUGCUGCUGUAUUCUGCUGUCUGUGCCAGUGAGAAUGUCUCUGAAUGAAGAGGGUUAUGUGGUCCGGAUCAGAGGACUACCGUGGUCCUGCACGCAGGAGGAGGUUGCCAGUUUCUUCUGUGACUGUGACAUCGUUGGCAAAGUAAACGGAGUGUGCUUUACCUACUCUAAAGAAGGCCGUCCCAGUGGAGAGGCAUUUAUUGAGCUGAAAAUGUCAGAGGAUUUCAAGAAUGCCCUCGCCAAGGACCGUAAAUACAUGGGACACCGAUACAUAGAGGUGUUCAAGUCAAAUCGUAGUGAAAUGGACUGGGUGCUAAAACGUAGCGGCCCUGCUGACUACGACAGCUGCAGCGGCUGCAUGCUGCGACUUCGAGGCCUUCCGUUUGGCUGCAGCAAGGAGGAGAUUGUUCAGUUCUUCUCAGGGUUGAGAAUCGUGCCAAAUGGGAUUACUCUGCCAGUGGACUACCAGGGGAGGAGCACAGGGGAAGCCUUCGUGCAGUUUGCCUCAAAGGAGAUAGCAGAACAGGCUCUGGGGAAACACAAGGAAAGAAUAGGGCACAGGUGGGACAGAUGGGAAAGGGACGGGCUGGACUGGGUUGGGCUUCUACUGCAGUAUUUAAUGGGUGGUCAUAUUAUAGUAUUAAUGGGAUGGCUUCUGUUAUGGUCGAAUGAUAAGCAUGGGUUGGUGUGCUAGAAUAAUUAUGGUAAAACAAUGAUAAAGUGGGUAAAUUAAUUGGGUGGGUCAUGUGAUAUUCAUUAAAAUGAUACGGGGAAGGGUUCAAUGGAUUUAUGUAUUGUGACAUGUUGAAUAAUGGGAUGAUGUAUCUAAUCUGUAAAUUAAAGGUGGUGUGAGUAUUUUAUGCCAUAGAUACUUUUGCUGUUGGUUGUCUGAGACCUGGGAGCAACAUUUGGGUAUAUUAGAUCAUUAUAUUGGCACUUCCUUUGUAUCCUUUUAUACAUUUAUUUUACAGAUAAUUUACUGUGGAAAAGGGGUUAAGCGUAGAGGUCAGUCAAGGUAGCCUCUACCAUUAAAACAUCAAACUUCUUUCUGCAGUUUUUAAUCAUUAAAAUGAUCAGUGCAACACCUCAAAGCCCUGUAAGGAUUUCCUUUAUUGUGAGUAACAAGAGGUGAGGUUGGUGUAGAAAUGCUUCGCUACAGCCAUAAGCCCAGCUAAUGAUAUUUUGUUGAAGU